AUGGACCUGAUUCCAAACUUUUCCAUGGAAACAUGGGCACUGUUGUUUUCUAUCCUGGUGCUGCUCUACUUGUAUGGAACUUCUACUCAUGGACUUUUUAAGAAGCUAGGGAUUCCGGGCCCCAAGCCUCUGCCUUUUGUUGGAACAUUGCUUUUCUCCAGGAGGGGUGUAUGGAAAAGUGAUAUAGAAUUUCGAAAAAAAUAUGGUGAUAUGUGGGGGCUAUAUGAUGGGAAGACCCCUGUCCUGGUAAUCACAGAUCUAGACAUGAUCAAGAAGGUGUUAGUGAAAGAAUGUUUUUCCACCUUCACAAAUCGGAAAUCUCUCGGUCCAGGAGGAAUUUUGAAAAAGAAUGUCUUAAGAAUUAAGAAUGAAGAAUGGAAGAGAAUCCGAUCAUUGCUUUCUCCAGCCUUCACUAGUGGAAAACUAAAGGAGAUGUUCCCCAUCAUGCAACACUAUGGAGAUGUGCUGGUGAAAAAUUUAAGUCUGGAAGUAGAGAAAGGAAAGCUCAUUGCCAUGAAAGACAUUUUUGGUGCCUACAGCUUGGAUGUGAUCAUUAGCACCUCAUUUGGAGUCAAGGUGGAUGUCCUCAACAAUCCUCAGGAUCCUUUUUUGAACAACGUCAGGAAGCUUUUUAAAUUUAGCCUUUUCAAUCCAUUAAUUUUUUCUAUGGCAAUCUUUCCAUUUCUUACCCAUAUAUAUAACAUACUAAACAUCUCCAUAUUUCCAAGUGAUGCUAUAACAUUUUUUACAAAAUUUAUAGAGAAGACUAAAAACGAUCGACUUGAAAAUAGACAAGAGAACCCAGUAGAUUUUCUUCAGCUGAUGAUGAACUCCCAAAAUUCCAAAAAUGUAGAGAAUUCCCACAAAGCUCUCUCUGAUAUAGAGAUUGUGGCUCAAUCAAUCUCAUUUAUUAUGGCUGGCUAUGAGGGUACAAGCAAUGCUCUUUCCUUUACUAUGUAUACACUGGCCACUCAUCCUGAUGUCCAGAAGAAACUCCAGCAUGAAAUUGAUGCAGUUCUUCCCAAUAAUGCACCUGCCACUUACAAUGACUUGGUACACAUAGAGUAUCUGGACAUGGUAAUCAAUGAAAUUCUGAGACUAUAUCCAGUUGGUGCCAGAAUUUCCAGACUCAGUAAGAAAGACACUAAAAUCAGUGGUGUGUUCAUUCCUAAAAAUACAGAAGUAGCUGUACCUAUCUUUAUUCUUCACCGAGAUCCAGAAUACUGGACAGAACCUGAGAAAUUCAACCCUGAAAGGUUCAGCAAGAAGAAUCAGGACAGCAUCAAUCCUUACACAUACCUACCCUUUGGGAAUGGACCCAGGAACUGCAUUGGCAUGAGGUUUGCUCUCAUGAACAUGAAAGUUGCUCUUGUCAGAGUCCUGCAGAACUUCUGCUUCCAACCUUGUAAGGAAACUCAGAUUCCUUUAAAACUAGAAAAAAAUGGUUUUUUUCAACCAGAAAACCCAAUCAUUCUAAGUGCUGUAUCAAGAGAUUGAACCAUAAGUGGAGCUUGA